GUUAUUAUGUUCAACGAAUAUAAACCGGCUGUUUGCAGGCGCAGUUCAACGUUGCCGGGCCUGGCUAGCUAACGGUAGCUUAGCCAUUGAGUUGGCAGACCUGUCAAAUGUUGUUAGCAAAUUCUUGACGUUUUUUUUUAAGUCUAACUUGUAAGAACACUCAGUGACGUGUAGAAAGACGUAUACAACGUGGACAAUACAACAAAUGUGUAUCAUUGAACAUGAAUUAAACGUGAUCGAUGUUCUUUUUUGAUGAUAAAUUCCUGCCAUAACGUAACAAUGACCGAUACAAUUGCUUGUUGAAAACACUCCACAGUAAUUAUGUGUGAUAAAGACAGUCCUCUUUUGACCCAAAAGUGGUAUAGCCAAUGACUCCAAUGUUGAGGUUGGUAUGGUUUAUUUGUUUCUAAAAUGCUCAACAAGUUGGGUUGUUUAAAGACGAACAUUAUCACAAUUUCAGAGGGGUGAAACCAAUACAAAUCAGUUCCCAGUGGCUUAUUUUACUUUUCGAAGUUUUUUUCAAACUUUUACCCAUCCCGGAAUAUCCCGAAAAAAGGCUUUUAAGUUCCUGAUUUUUGCUACCUGUGAAGCCACUGUCCAUUUUCAUGUGACGUCAUCCAGUGAUUCCAAUACAAACAAACAAUGGCGGAUAGCACAGCAAGAUAUAGCGACAUUAGCUCAGAUUCAGACUCGGAUUUCAGCGGCUUAAGCAAUUCAACAGACUACGCAUGUAUUGAAACGGAUGGUUGGAGUAUGGAGGCAGAUAGUGAAAACGAAAUUGAAGAAGAAACUGAAGCUAUUGAGCAAAUAGCUAUUGAUGCUAUUCGGCCAUGUCUGCCUUAGCAUCGCCGGUAAAAUGUGCAGACCAAACGUUCGGGACUUUCGCAAUUUGUGACACUGGAUCAACUUAAAUCCAUCGAUUGUUGUUAUGGAGCAACCACUCGGGAGCUUGGAUGAUCUACAACCUCAGGACCUUUCCGCCUCAAAUAUCCUCUCUGUGAUUGACUUAACUAAGAAAGGGAGCCUCAGUGGCACUUCCUGUGAUGUCCAGCGGGUUGUCACUGUCCCAGAUUGGCACUCCAAUUCUGGAACCAGUAACCCUGAAUUACUAUCCUCAUUCUCAGAGACCACCCUCGCUAAUAUUUUACAGGAAUCAGGGGAUCACAUUCAACCGGAUAAUGCCUUAUCCCGCACCACAGUGACCCUGUCCUACGUGAGCAGGUCUCACAUCCACGCUGAUUCAGCAUCUCCGCUUUCGCCUUUGUAUGCUGCGCCACCUAUUAGCAAGUUCUCCCUCCUCCCUCCCUGUGAGGUUGAGAAAGGAUAUGGGGAGACUACCUAUGCACGGAAUCAACUGUACGUGGAACAUGUUGACAGACCGGUGGACCUCGCCAUUCAGGCUUUUAAUUCUUCCUCUAAAGCUCCACAGAUUGAUGGAAUAUGUCCUCCUCGGCCGCUUUGUGAAUUUAAUGGGGAAGUAAGUUCGAGCAAGAUGACCAGAAAUGAACACAACACACCCGGGAGGACUGAAAAGAGCUGUGGGUUGGAGAAUGGCCAAGAUGUCAGCUGGUCACAUUUAGGUGUAGAUUCUGAGUCAUCACCAGAGACAAGGGAGGGUGAGGAGACGAAGGGAACCUCUGAGAUCCUCUUGCAUAUGUCAAAGAAAGAGGAACCAUUGGUGAUCCAUAACAGCGUGGCUCAAGUAGAGCAAUUUUCAUUGAUCAUGGACUACAAACGCCUUUUAGAUGACCCCGUUUCCCCUUCACCUACCUCACCGGAUGACGUCGAGGAUGUGUUCGUGCUGCCUCAGGCCUGCAGCUCACCAAGCGGGGACAACUCUUUUCACACUGGUGACAUUGGUUCCAAUGACUCAAACACGGAAGAGGCCAGUCAACUCAGGUCUGACAUCAGCAACAUGACGGCAAGUUUAAAUUUAAGCCAUGAAAACAAGCAGCCUGCCCACAGUAGGAAACCAGAUUUGAACUAUUUGGUUGACUGGAGAGAAGAUGUUUGUUUGUCUGGAAUUUCAGAAGAAAAACCCAAAACUGUCACCCCUUACUUGAAUGGUAAAGUUUGCGCAUUACAGAGUACUGUAAAUGAAAGGAAACUACGUUCCGGCAGAAGUAUGCACUUAGAAUCUAUAGUUAUGAAUAUAAAUUCAAGCAGGUAUAACGUAUCAGGAUGCAUUAACGCCAAUGAAAAUGCCUCCAAAAUGAAAACUAGGUAUUCUAAUGCGGCAAGUCUAAAGAGGGAUGACACCAUACAUGACAGGAAAAGACAAGGCCGAGCAAUCGCAGAACAAAAAGAAACCCGACAUCUAAAUGGUAAAACCAAUAGCAUUAUAAACACUGAUUUGGACACUACUACAUCCACCAAUAUUUCUAAAAAGUCAUUUAGCAAAAUCACUCCUAAAAGCCCGAGGUUGUCAAAGAAUGUGCCAGAAGAUGUUCCAAAACCUGGACAGUUGCCACGGAAGAGCCCUGCUAGGUCGGAGAGGAGACUUCUUCAUUCCAAAAACUCAACGAAAGAGCUUCUUGCACACCUACACCCUACUCUGUCAACAAAUAGAGCAAAAUGUUCACCAUCAGCACUUAAAGAAACUCCAAAGAAAAACCCACAGUCAGCUCAAGGUAAAAAAGUACCGCAAACUGCAAAGACGAAGUCAACUCGCACGCCUAAGAGGCGACGAAAAAAGCACAAACCAAGACCGCCCUUAUCCAUCUUCUCUCCAAAGGAGCCUGAGAUCAAACUCCGGUACGCCAACUACAAGGAGGUGAAAAGGGAGUCGAAGUUGGAAAAUUUCUCCCCCUUCAUCCAUAUGCAGCGGCAGCAGUCGUCUGCGUCACUUUGCACUGUAGUGAAUUACCCAGAAGAGGUCAGGACUCUCCACAAAAAGAACCAAAGGGAGGUACAGGAUCACACCAGUGUCUUUAUUUCUGCAACUAUACCCAGCACGUCUUGUCUUCAGCUGGGCCGGGCGUCCAGUCAUGGCCAGCACCAGGGUUCCCUGGUCUGUUGCUUGUGUGGACUGUCUGCCAACGCCAUGGACUUGGGGGAUCUCCACGGUCCUUACUACCCUGAAGGAUACCGACCGAUUACCAAAAUGUCUGCCUGCACGUCUGGCCCUAAUUGCCUAAAAGACGACUACAGCGAUUCCGAUUCUUCAGCCUGCAGUGUAAGGGGUAGAGGGAGCAAACAUGCUGUUCUGCCCUCAUUGUGGAAAAAGAGGGUAGCGGAUCAGCAGACUGUUGUCAACACCGGCAGACCUGCAGCAAAGCGGGUUCGCUCGGAAAUGUGGCCAACAGAUGUGGAGGACUGGUACAGCCCCCCUGUGCUACCCCUUGAGCCCUGUGAGUACUGGCUCCAUGAAGACUGCGGUAUCUGGUCAGCUGGCGUGUUCUUGGUGAAGGGCAAAGUGUACGGCCUGGAGGAGACUGUCAAGGUGGCCCAUGAGACGAUGUGCUCAGCCUGCUCUCGACCUGGUGCAACCCUGGGCUGCUUUUUCAAAGGUUGUCCCAGCAAAUACCACUACAGGUGUGCUAUGGAGGCAGGCUGUGUCCUCAUUGAAGAAAACUUCUCCAUGAAGUGUAAAAAGCACAAGAACAAGACAUUCACAGACUUAGUGGAGAAACAUAGUGAUCCCAGGAGAAAAAAGCCCUGUUGACAUUCAUUCGCCUGCCAAUUCCUGCAGUGACCUGCUCGCCUUCUGGACGCUGUUGCAAAAAAAAAACAACCUUGCGACUGACACUUGACACCCAUAAACCUUAAUUCCUCUCAAAUAAAACAUUUGUAGUAAUUAUUUAUGUUUUUUUCCAUCUGUGAAAUGUGAGUAACAAUCAAAAUAUUUAAUUUAAAAUAAAAAAUAUGUAUGUAUUUGAUUAUAUUUGGUUUUAUUUAUUCCUGAAGCAUGUCAAUUUGCUUCUUUAGCAGUUGUCAAAGAGUGUUAUUUUUUUUUUUAAGUUAUUAAUAAAGCAGUUGAUGGUUGAAAGUAAGAUGGUAGGGUCAGGUAAAGAAGGGGGAACCCUGUAAGGUACCAUAGUCAUAUCAUAUUUUUUUGUAAAACAGCACUAUGUUGUCACCUACAUUUUGGGGUGAGGGAAUUAGUGUGUCAGAAUGUAUUCUCUCCACAUGUGGGGUUUUUGUUUUCUUUGCAGAAAGCACUUUGGACUGACACGCUCCUCUGCUCCAGCUGCAGUAUUUUCCUUCUGCAAUGACAAUAUUAUCAGAUGUGGUUCAAAGCAUUAUCGUGCUUCUGGUUGUCUUUUCCCAGCUGUCAACACAAUUAGAUGAGAAUUAAAUAUUUGUUUCCUGACAAAGUCAGUCACUCCGUAUUCAGAAGACCUCAACAAAAAAAUGUUUACAUGAUUUAUAAUUUGGAGUUUUGUACUCGGAUGGGUUCUUUACUCUAGAGUCUAGACGCAGUGGAGUGCCUCUUAAACCUUGUGUGAUGAACGAAAGGUACUAACUUGAAUAAUGGUGGUGUUUGCACAUACGCCACUAGGGGCAGCAAUGUGCUGUUUUGAAUCCAGUGUGCUGCUGCUUGUCUGUAGGACAGCUUCUCAAGGACAAGUCCUGACCCAUAAUAAUGAUGUCACAUUUUUGUGCCAUCUUUCACUUUUGUGUUUGCUUAUGCCGACUGUUUUGUUAUUUUAAAUUCAAUAACAGUUUUGUGAUAUACAAAGUACAGCUUUUUAAUGAUGGGUGAUUGUUAUAAAACCUUUCUAGUAUGUUUUGUGUGUGAUUAUCUCAGGGUUGAAUUUACAGAUUUUCCAUACACUUUUUUUUCUCUCUCAAUAUUUUGUCUUUAUCAACUGAAAUGCAAGAUUUACCAAAGCCUUUUUUCCUUGGUCCAAACAUUCUAACACAUCAAUGUACCUGUCACUUUUUAAUUAAAUGGUUUUGGUUUAACAAUAA